CCUUAUUGUACAAUGGUCAAGAAUGUUUUAAAAGGUAUUUAAUAAUCAUGUAAAGAAGCAAUUACUUAAAAGUUAUGGCAUUUUUAAACAUUUGUUUUAUAUUGUCAAUGUUUGGAUUGGAGUUUAGUUUUAGUUGACGAUGGGUCCGUUUGGGAACGAAUUUAAAUUGUACUGUGAAAGAGGUUUCCAUUUAGCCGUAAGAGGGAAUGGAAUAAUAGAAGGGACUGAUGAGUUAAAUGACUGCGACACUGAUUUAAUAUGUUCUUCCGCUGAUAAUGAAAGCGAGGUGAGACUAAAAGGUAAAUACACUGGAAGAUACAUUUGCUUUGGUGAAGAAGGACAAUUAUAUGGAGAGGAAGAUGUCAAUAAUCCAGGAACUAAAUUUAUAGAAAGUUUUGCUGGUUCAUACACCUGCUACGAAUCAGCAACAUAUCCUAAAUGGUAUAUUGGUUUAAACAAGCAAUUGAAAUCAAAACCAGGCCCUAGAACAACAUGGGGAAAGAAGUCCACCAAAUUUUUGCCCCGACGACAAUCAUAACAUAAGAGACUAAUUAAGUUUUUAUCAGUAUUAACCGCUACGAAUACAGACAUUCAU